AUGGCUCUGCUGAAGGUUCUGCUGCUGCUGCUGGGGCUGGGUGUUUCAGUGAACUCAGCUGUUUCUCUGCAGAAGAGAAUCAUUGGAGGUCAUAACUGUGCUGACACGGAGCGUCAAUAUCAUGUUCGGCUGGAGGGCUCCAAUGGUACUCAUACGAACCUGUGUGGAGGAUCUCUGAUCGGCCGAAAGUGGAUCCUGACUGCAGAUACCUGCUGGAAGACGGAGAGAGGGUGGACUAACGAUGCAAUGUUAAAAGUUCAUCCACGGAAUGCCAGAGUGAAGUUUCCCAGAAUCCAAGGCGACAUUGGGCUUUAUCAUCCCGAAGGCUGGCGUCAUGACAUCACGUUGCUGAAGAUUCAAAUACCAGUAACAAAUGUCCAAUUUGCUCCGCUACCAGACUGCAGUAAUCGCCCUAAAAAGGACGAUAUUGUUCAGCUGGCAGGAGAGGGAGCAAUGACAACCGGCCCCAAUAAUGAGCAAUUAUCCAAUGCUGUUGCUGCAACACAACUUCAGUGUGUCGAUAUGCAAGUUGUUGAGGCUACCCAUUUCCUGCCAACAUAUGGACAUGUAUUCUCUGCUAAAGCACAGAACAAGGAUGUGUGUUUUGGUGACGCUGGUUCAGCAGCGGUGUUCAACGGCAAGAUGUAUGGUGUGAUUUCUCCAGGUGUACCACGCUAUGCAUGUGAGAGCGCAGCUUCAAUCGUGGAUGUGUGUGAAUACAUGGAGUGGAUAAGAGCAACACUUAGCGAAAAAUAAAACAUAAACUGUCAUGAAAUAUAAUUCUCAUCAAAUUUCCUCUCAGAUAUAAUUUCAUUAUUGUAUCUUGAUCAGUUUGAUCCACAUGUUUGUAGAAUUAGAAUAAAUCAAUAGUUUUGUUUUUUCUCAUCUAACCUUGAUCUCCCUAAUGGAUCUUUCUCUGUCUCAGAAAUGAAAAAUGAAUCAAUAAAUGCAU